AUGUCGCGCGUACGUGUGCGGAUCGGUACGCAGGCCGAGCUGCAAGAGGCAGCGCGGCAUCGGAUUACCUUGCGGCAUACAGAGACAGGCGAUCUACAUGCGCUAUUGCUCUUCGCUGUCGCCUCCGCCUCGUCUACGACGUCGCCGACGUACUACUGCAUGGAAGCCACCUGCCCCCACUUGGGCGCGCCGUUGGAAAAGGGCCACCUCCAGCCGGCGCCGGAUGACGUGGAAGAUUUCGUCGUCGUAUGGCGUCUCCUUACGCAGAUGGCACGUACGUAUUGCCUCUACUCACAGCAGCAAUAUGACUUUAAACUAAGCACGGGCGAAUCUUCGACAGGCAUGCGUACGUGUGUGUACGCGGUGGAUCGGCGUCCUGACGGCACCGUGCUGAUGGAGCCGCCUACGUCCGACGUGCAGCGCGAUGGCACCUCGGUGUGGCAGCUGCACUCGUGCGUGGCAGUCCCCGAAGACUAUGCCCGCCUCCCUCCUAGCACCACCGUCUCGACUCCUCCGUUAACGCUGGCGGCUUUGGGAGACGCCUCGUCGUUUGAUCCUGCGUCGGUGCCUCCGCCGUCCACCGUGCCUACGACGCUCGUGGCCUGGGCCGUCCUGAUCCUCCAAACGCCCUCGCCCCUGCACAAAGUGGCCUACACGCGCAUGGCCUACGAGGCCUUCCAGCGCGACGAUACCAUGCCCAUUGGCGGCGGCGCGUGGGACGAUACAGGCGCAUGGAGCAUACCUACGGACGAGCAGCCGCCAGCGUGGCCGCCCCGCAUGUCUGACGAGGACCGCGUCGAGCCUGGCCGCGAGCCGCGACGCGGUCGUGGCGGCACGGAAAAAAGCCGCAUCGCGCUCCUUCACGCCCUCGCGAACAUUGAGCAAUGGGCGAUUGACUUGGCUUGGGACAUCAUUGCCCGUGGCCCGCAUCUCAGUGCCCAACUUGCCCAGACAGCGACCGAGCGUACUCCAGCCAGCCCCUUACCUCGAGCGUACUAUGCAGACUUUUGUCGCGUUGCGUACGACGAGGCCAAGCACUUUACGCUCCUGCAAAAGCGGCUUAUCGAAAUGGGCAGCUAUUUCGGCGCGUUGCCCGUGCACCAUGGCCUAUGGGAAUCGGCCGUGGAAACGUCUCAGGACCUGCUCGCACGUUUGUCCAUUGUGCAUUUGGUUCAUGAGGCACGUGGUCUUGACGUGAACCCUGCCACCAUCCGCAAAUUCGAGGCGGCCGGCGAUGCACGCUCCGUGGAGUCCCUUCGCAUCAUCCACCUCGAUGAAAUUACACAUGUCGCAGCCGGUCAUCGAUGGCUCACCUUCUUGUGCGAGACGCUGUCGCCGCCGCGUGUGCCUGUGGAGGUAUUUAGGUCGGCCGUGCAGCAGCAUUUCGUCGGGCGCUUGAAAGGGCCGUUCAAUGUCGCAGAUCGGGCGCAAGCUGGCCUUACACGCGACUGGUACGACCAUCUGGAUGGCGCACCGUCGCAGCGGAUGGGCGUCCAGCGCCAGGAAGUGGCAGGGGGCUAA